GCGUCUAUUUGCGGGUUCGGUUGGUGGCAGCGUGCCUUGUGGCUGAACUGUAUCGGAGGCUUUUUGUAACCCGUGGCUUGGGAACUGCAAAGGCCUUGAAUCGGGGCAGCGAGUUUGAGCAGUGGUGUGCCCCGCGUUGCCGCGAUUGUCACAUGGAUCGACUUUGAAUCUCAUCGGCGCGUGCAUUGCCUCUACGCGCAGCUGCGACUUUGCCUUGAGUUGUGUUUUUGAGCUUCCUUUCUGGCACUGAGCCCGUGGUUUGAACGUGUCGCAUCUGCACGAGCGCACCUUCGACUAGUUGCUCGUCAAAUUUCCGUUCGAGGCAGCCACAAGAGCCAAGCAACAGCAGCUCUCGCCCAUGGCGACCACACCUCCAUGCGAAGAGAAGGAGGAUGAGCUGUCGCCACUGCCCGUGCCUCCCCAGCGAAGCCGGCGUGGGGCGGUCAGCGCAGAGACCUACUCCGAGGAGGACGCCACGUCAUACGUAAAAAAGAUGGUGCCCAAGGACUAUAAGACCAUGGCUGCACUUUCGAAGGCCAUCGAGAAGAACGUCCUGUUCUCACACUUGGACGACAACGAGCGAAGCGACAUCUUCGACGCCAUGUUUCCCGUGGUUCACAAAGCCGGCGAGGUGAUCAUCCAACAAGGGGACGAGGGCGACAACUUCUACGUCAUCGACCAAGGGGAAGUGGAUGUGUAUGUCAACGGACAGCACGUCACCACGAUUGCGGAGAACGGAAGCUUCGGAGAGCUGGCCCUGAUUUACGGAACUCCUCGGGCAGCUACGGUCAAGGCUAAGACAGACAUCAAGCUUUGGGCUAUCGACCGAGACACAUACAGAAGAAUCUUGAUGGGAAGCACCAUCCGCAAGCGCAAAAUGUACGAAGAAUUUCUUAGCAAAGUUUCCAUUCUGGAGAGCCUCGACAAGUGGGAGAGACUCACAGUGGCCGACGCGCUCGAGCCUGUCACAUUCAACGAUGGCGACAUCAUUGUGGAACAAGGCAUGCCCGGCGACGACUUCUUCAUCAUUGAGGAGGGUUCAGCAUCAGUGUUGCAGAGACGAUCCGAGAGCGAGCCACAAGAAGAGGUCGGCAGGCUUGGCCCCUCUGAUUACUUCGGCGAGAUCGCGCUGCUGCUGGACCGGCCGCGGGCGGCCACAGUGGUGUCGCGUGGGCCCCUGAAGUGUGUCAAGCUCGACCGGUCCCGCUUUGAGCGUGUGCUGGGACCCUGUGCCGAGAUCCUCAAGCGCAACAUGACCCACUACAACAGCCUCAUAUCCCUCUCCGUGUAGAGGGCAAUUAUCGGAUGUGUGGUGGCUGUCUAAAAGGAAAAAAGGUAGCAAGUGGCAUCGCAGAAGAACAGAAGUCGCCAAUCUGUUUUCUCACUUUUGCAAAAUGGCUUCAAAGCACCAGAGAAACCCACGCUGCCCCCCUUCCCUUCUCCACCCCAAAUUCCUCAUCCUCUGCAACCUUUAGUGCCGCCUGCUCCUUCUUUCAUGCCACCCUGGCUCUGCUUUCGAACUGGAACUUGUCUCUACCUUGGCGGGACUUUGAGGACUAGCCGAUGUCUCAAGGAUAUCUAAAGGUGCCGGGGAUGACUCGCCUCUCAAAUUCCCACGCGCCGCUACGCGUUCGAUUGGCUACACCGUGUGUCAAGGCCCCGGUAUGAGCCGCAGGUCAUUCUACGCACAGCAAACGGCAAGAAUGGCGCCCUUGGUGUUUUGCAACGACGUCACCGACCCCAUUGGCUCAGCCGUGUCAUUAGAACGGCCAUUGUAGUAAAUUUGAGAACUCGUUCUGCUUUGAAAGCCUGGCGCAGUGUGUUUUAUUGGGUUGAGAAAGAGUUGCGGGCAGGGCAGUUAUUGGUUUCUUCGUGGCACGUGCGUAAGUCUGGAAAUAGCCGCAGUGUGCUCGUAACCUUGCCAUGCUUCCGUAGCCGUGCUGCGCCGACAGAGUGAGCUGUGCAUCGAGAAUAUUAUUGUUAGUACAAGGCCGGAUCUUUCACGUGAAACUUCCAGUCACUUCUCAAUCUGCGCUUCUCUGCUACGUGACGUCGUAUGGCCGCACAAAAGAGGGAGCGCAGAAAUGGUAUAAAAGGUGGGAGUGAGCCUCCGUCUCGCCCAGUUGCAGCAUUUUAUUUGCACACUGUCAUUUGACUUUUUUUUUCCUCAAUUAUUUUUUUUGUUGGGGUCAUUUUACUUGUACAUGGAACUAGUUUCUGUAUGUGUUUUUGCGAGACAGGCACAAGAGAUAUGUGUGGCUCACACACAGCCUUUGAGAAGUUUGUCAUCUACGGAGAAGAUAGAUCAUCUUAUUUUCACCUCUUCUAAUGGAGCAGGUGGACCACCCUUUGUUUUAUUGGCUUUGCAUGUGAUUGUUUUGUGCACCCCUCUUUAUAUCACUAGUGUAUGCGCGCGAGUGUGGAGAGCAUUAUUAUAUUCUCCAGAGCUUCGCUUUUACGCGCUGUUCAAACUGCAGCCAGACCUCGCCCCCCCAGCCUUUCUCUUCUGCGCAUAUUCCGUCUUGGCGGUGUGGCCAGUUGUGUUGUAGAUUUACACUUAGUGACUCUAGUCAUGGUUGUCUCUGCUCGUGUGGCAUCGUGUCGGCAUGCAUCGUCACUGGCACAGCGCAAGAAAUGUGUAGGAGGAGAAACUUCUGUGUGAAACACCCUUGUGGGUGCGCAAUCGAAUCCGCAAUGACUUACUGCCUUUUGGGGUGAAAGGUUCUUUUCCUGGAUUUUGCUCCCUUUAGGGUGCAAUUUGUAUGUUUAAAAGUGUUUCAUUUGUAAAGCAAUUUCUUUUCACAGGGUUGUAAUUAUAAGGUUUACACCUGUAAUGGUGUUUUUAGUAGGUGUCUAGGAUUUACACGCGCGAUUGUGUACUACGCAAAUUUACACUGAAAAUGGGGUGUUAAUUAUUACACAGAUGCAUACUAGCAUUUGAAAUGUAA